GUAUUUGAUUUCAUUAGUCUGAUUUUUGGCAUUUAUAUCACAUGGCCCAAAAAAGUAUCACGAGAUGGGAAAAGAUAUAGAUAGUAAGACUUGCAAGUCUUUCAACGUCUAAUUUGGGGCAAUGUUUCUUCUUUCAUGGAAAUGGAAAUUUCAUACUGUAUGAUAUGCCCCAUACAAGCAGACCACCAAUUUGAGUCACUCACUUGGAAGCCUUCAUGUUCACACUUCACAGGGAGACUAUAUAAACCCUAGCCUCAUGAAUCUAAAAAUCAUCAGUUAAGUAUUUAAUUUACAUUAUGAAUCCUUGUGUUUUUAUAAUGUUCUCGAUUCUCUUGCUGACUACAACUACCAGCCAAUUAGUACCGGUGGGAGGAGAUGAUAUUGGAGGUGUUGAUAUGAAAAAGUGUUUGGAUAAGGAGAGAGAUGCCCUCCUUCUUUUCAAAGCUCCCCUUCAAGACCCUGAUGGUCGUCUCUCUUCAUGGACAGCUGAGGAACAUGACUGCUGUAAAUGGAGUGGAAUCACCUGCAACAACCAAACAGGUCAUGUCACAGAGCUUGAUAUGGGCUUCUAUGGUCUUGGAGGUGAGAUAAGCCAUUCAUUGCUUAACUUAACCUACUUGAAUCAUCUUCAUCUUUCAGGAAAUUCUUUCAAUGGAACCAUUCCCACCUUCAUUGGUUCUAUGACUGAAUUGAGGUACCUUGACCUUUCCUUUAACUCUCUUUAUGGAACCAUUCCUCCAGAGUUUGGAAACCUCACCAACUUGCAAGACCUUGAUCUUGAUUCUGUUGGAAGGUGUAGAGUUGAAAACAUAGAGUGGUUGUCUCAUCUCUCUCAUUUGGAGUGGCUAAGAAUGGAUGGGAUUUCCCUAGCCAAACAAAAUCACUGGGUAGAUGUAAUUCUGAGUCUCCCAAAACUAACACAUUUAUCUUUAGGUGGAUGUGAGCUGUCACAGGUCGUGUAUCCAUAUUCUUCUUCAUUUCUCAACUCUUCUUCUUCUUCUUCUUCAUCUAUUGAGUUCCUUCAUCUCGGAAACAACAGUCUGACCUCAUCCAUGUAUCGCUGGUUGUUCCCCUUAACCAGCAAUAACCUUAGGACUCUUGAUCUCCUUGGCAACAGGUUAGAUGGGAUACCCAGAUACCUUGGUAACCUCUGUAGUCUGGAAAGUUUGGACUUCUCUUACAACUCGGCUGCUGUCAAAUUUCCUGAUUUUCUCAACAACUUGUCUGGAUGCACAUCCCUUUCAUUACAAAAGUUGGGCCUAUCUGGUAAUCAGUUAAAUGGAAGUAUAAGUGAGAAACUGUGGGAACUACCCAGGCUCCAAACUCUUUACCUUUCUUCUAAUAAUCUUACAGUUCCUUCCACAUAUCACUUGUCAAACAUCUCUUAUGUUGAGUAUCUUUAUCUGAGGUCUUGCAAGCUGCUAGGGCCUCGCUUCCCCAAAUGGAUUCAGACACUCAAAAAUCUUAUUGAUCUUGAUCUUUCCAAUACUGGAAUUUCAGACACAAUUCCUUUGGGGUUUUGGGACAUGUGGCCUUCUCAAUUAAAAUAUCUGGAUCUGUCUUCCAACAACAUUAGCGGGAAACUACCAGAUUUAUUAUCAAAUUUUGCCCAUGGUUCAACGAUAGAUUUGAGUUCCAACAGCUUUUGUGGUCCGAUACCGAAUGUUCCUUCCACUUUGUUUUCAUUAAAUCUUUCCAGAAACAAAUUCUCUGGAGGAAUCUCAUUUAUAUGCCAAAUUGUUGAUGGGUUGUUAGAAUUUCUUGACCUCUCUCAUAACUCAUUCAUCGGACAACUCCCGGACUGUUUGUGGCAUUUCAAUCAACUAAAAGUUCUUAAUCUCGGACACAACAAUCUCUUUGGAAGUCUUCCUCCCUCUAUUGGAUCUUUGAUACAACUCAAAGUGUUGUAUUUGUACAAGAACAACUUCUCUGGAGAAUUGCCUUUCUCUUUAAAAAAUUGCACAAGUUUAAUCUCUUUGAAUUUGGGGGCCAAUAAGUUUUCUGGUAAUGUGCCUGUCUGGAUUGGGGAAAACUUAUCAAAGUUGUAUGUUCUUAUACUAAGAUCAAACAAAUUCUUUGGAACCAUCCCUUUACAGUUAUGUCAGUUACCUAAUCUUCAAGUUUUGGACUUGUCAAUGAACAAUCUCCAUGGAACCAUCCCCUCAUGUUUGAGUAAUCUUACAAACAUGGUUCAACAAGGAGGAUUCUCACAAGAUGUAGAAUAUUUUAGAAAUGUAACUGAUAAUUUAUUUGCAUUUGAGAUAUAUGCUGACCAUGCGACGAUUGAGUGGCAAGGACAUGAAUGUGAAAUCUCUAGCACUCUGAAAUUGGUGAAGAGCAUCGACCUGUCAAGCAACAAAUUAACAGGACAAAUCCCAUAUCAAAUUACCAACCUUCAUGACUUGGUGUCCCUGUCCUUGUCAAAUAACAAUCUAUUUGGAGAGAUUCCGCAGAAGAUUGGUAAGAUGGAAAAGCUUUUGACUUUGGAUUUAUCCAGAAACAAUUUUUCAGGGGGGAUACCACCAGACAUGUCUCAGAUGAGUUUACUGAAUUACCUAGACUUGUCAUAUAAUAACUUGUCUGGAAGAAUCCCAUCUAGCACACAACUCCAGUCCUUUCCACCUUCAAGAUACAGUGGAAACGCACGUCUAUGUGGACCUCCCCUUACCAAAAAAUGUCCAGGGGAUGAAGAAUCAGAAGCAACAUCGGUGAUUGGUAAAAGUGAGGGUGAUGGGGAAGACACAGAUGAUGAACUCGAACUCUGGGGAUGGUUUUAUAUUGGUGGGGGCAUGGGUUUUGCUACUGGAUUUUGGAUAGCAUGUGGGGCUUUACUUCUCAACCGCCAAGGGAGACGUGCAUUUUUUCAAUUUUAUGACAGCUUCAAAGAUUGGGUUUAUGUCAAGGUGGUUGUGUUCGUUUCAAGUUUCCAAAAGAGUAGAUAGGCGUAGUUUGUCGUUUAAUUUUUUAUUUUUGAUUUCUUAUUUUCCAGUAUAUAAAGUAAUUUGGCAGUGGUUUUUAAAUCUCCAAUAUCAAUAAAUUUGUCACUAAAA